AAAGUAAGCUUCGUUUACGUAUUCUCAAAAUUAAAUAAAUUUUAUUUUCGUCUUUUUUCCUUUUUAUUUCCCACUUCUUCGUCGUUACCGCGUAGUGAGAAAAACAGAGAAGAGAGAGAGAGAAUUCAAGCUUCAUCAAUGGCGGCGGCGUCGGGAAGGCGGUGCCACUACGAGGUCCUCGGUCUCCGGCGAGAAUCCACCGCCGACGAGAUCCGGUCGGCCUACAAGAAGCUCGCUCUCCAGCUCCACCCCGACAAGCUCGUCCAAUCCGGACUCUCCCAGUCCGAAGCCACCGCCAGGUUCCAGGAGCUCUCUCAGGCCUAUGAGGUCCUCUCCGAUCCCAAGGAGCGCGCAUGGUACGACUCUCACCGCUCUCAGAUCCUCUUCGCCGAUCCUAACUCGGCGGACUCGGUUCCCGACUCGGUCAUCCCCAACCUCUUCUCGUUCUUCUCCAACUCCGUCUUCUCCGGCUACUCCGACACCGGGAAGGGAUUCUACAAGGUUUAUUCGGAUGUUUUCAGUAAGAUUUAUGCGAACGAGCUCAGUUUUGCGUCGAAGCUAGGGUUAGGGUUGGACGCCGUGAGGGAAGCUCCGGCAAUGGGGAAUUUGGAGAGUCCGUACACUCAGGUAACGGCGUUUUAUGGCUAUUGGCUCGGGUUUUCGACGGUGAUGGAUUUCUGCUGGGUUGAUCAGUACGAUGCCAUGGCCGGCGUGAACCGGAAGUCGAGGAGGGUUAUGGAGGAGGAGAACAAGAAGCUUAGGAAGAAGGCGAGGCGGGAGUACAACGAGACGGUUCGGGGGUUGGCGGAGUUUGUGAAGAAGAGGGAUAAGAGAGUGAUUGAUAUGGCGGUAAAGAAGAAUUUGGGGAUGGAGAAGAGGAGGGAGGAGGAGAGAGAGAGGAAGAAUAAAAUGGAGAGAGAGAGGUUGGAACGGGCCAUGGCGUACGAGGAGCCGGAGUGGUCGAGAAUCGGAGAAGAGGAGGAAGCGGAGGAGGAGGAGAAUGUGGUUGAGGAAGUGGAGGAGAAGAAGGAAUUGUAUUGUGUGGUGUGUGGGAAGAAGUUUAAGAGCGAGAAGCAAUGGAAGAACCACGAGCAGUCGAAAAAGCACCGCGAGAAGGUUGCGGAGUUUAGGGAGUCGGUUGGGGAUGAAGAGUUUGAAGAUGAUUUGGAAGGAGAAGAUGGAGAUGAGAAAGAUGGCGAGGUGGAGGAAUUGGAGGAGAAAAUGAGAGAUGGAUUUCGGAUUGGUGAAGAAGAAGAGGUUGAGUUAAGCAAUGGGGAUGAUGAUGAGUUUGGUGAAGUUGGUGCCGCAAAUGGGGUUGAUGAGGAUGGCGAGAAAGUUGGUUUUGAUGCUGAAGAUGAUGAGGACGGUGAAAAUGCCGAUAAUGGCGAUGACGACACUGUUGAUGAUGAAAUUGGUGUUCUCGAAGCAAUGCUGGGCAGACGCAGGAACAGGAAAAAGAAUGGUUCGUUGCCAGAGACUAAUGGGACUUUGAAUUCGAUCAAUGUGCAUGUUGAGAAUGAUGAUAAUGAUGAUGAUGAUGAUGAUUUUAUGGACUACAAUAAACGGAAGACCACGAGGCGGAAUCGGAGAGCAAGAAAAGAGAGGAGUGGAAAGAAUGGUGAGGAGGCUGGAGUAAGUAGAAGUGAGAAGAGCAAGGAAAGUAAUGGAGAUGAGAAUUUACACCACCAGGAGGAGUCAUCUUCUCGUUCUGUUGCGGAAAAUGAAAGUAAUGGCAAAGAAGAUGACUUGUUAGCAGAUAACAAGAAGAGUUCAAAUCAACAUGUUGACAAAAAGGGCAAGGCAAAGAAUGAUACAAAUGCCAAAUCCAAAAACUCAUCCAGAGGAAAGAAAGCAAAGGCAACAUCAAAGAAUUCAAGCAAUGCAUGCGAGAAAUGCGGAGAAGAGUUUGAAUCAAAGAAUAAAUUACAUAAGCAUUUGACUGACACUGGACACGCUACACUAAAAUGCCGAUGAGAACACAGUUGCGGAGUGUAUUAUAAAGCUGAGCGUCCAUUUUUUUAGUUCAAAUUAUUCUUUCAUUUUUAUUUGGGAACUAUAAAUUACAAGAAUAAUUAGUAGAUGGAAGAGGAAUUAUACUUCGUAAUUUUUAUGAUUAAGAAAGUUUUGGAAGGUUGAACUCAAAUAAUUGUAAUAAAGCUCUUUCCUAUAUUUGCCUGGUCUGAACAAACUUUCAUGGUUGGAACUUUCGAA